AUGCCAGCAGUGAUCGAACAGGGUCACGGUGUUCAAGAGUUGACACCGACCGGUGAUAGUUCCAUGCUCUUCACCGAUAUACAAUGGCACUCUUACGACAUGACAGCCUUUGGCGAUUUUAUCCACCAUACACCUCAAUCGACCUCUCCUCUAAUAGCAUCAUCGUCUUCGCUAUCGUCAACUGACCCACCAACCACUUUGCCGCCUUCAUUACUUCCAGAAAUAACAGAUCCGGCAUCUCAAGAGCAACCUCAGCUCUCUCCUCAGAAGCAACAGCAGGACCACAAUUUACAGCUGAUGAAAUUUUCGAUCCCACCAGCACCCAAUGCGAGCGUACGGUCAAUGAUGCAACGGUCGAAGAUGUGUUCUGGAGCGGACCGAACCGCGAGUCUGAUCUUCUAUACUCUGAAAUCUUACCCGCUGAUGCUGCGUCAAAACACUCCUCCCCCUUUCAUACAUCCGAGCUGCGUCUCAUUCACAGAUGAAAUUGUCAUAGCUGAGCCGCUUGAUAAUUGCAUUGCUCUGAUGCAUAUGGUGGCGAAUGGAGUCCAAGGAAGCCGGAAGCUUUUCUGGCGGAAUGUCCAGUUCGAAUGUAUACGCAUGUGUGAUCAGAACCAAACACUCAGCAAAUGGGAACUACUUGGUGCUAUGCAGGCUCUCUCAAUCUAUAUUCUGAUUCGUCUCGACGAAGGCGAGACCGAGCACAAUAAUCUCGAUUAUCUUCUGGAGAGGGCUGUCAUUAUAAUCGCAAUGCAACUUUCUCGCGACGAUUUGAGUUGUCACAUGCAUUAUUUGUCAUGUCGCAGCAAGUCUGAGAGCAGUUGGCAAGAUUGGAUCUACAAGGAGUCGCGGCGAAGACUCGCAGUCAUUUAUCGCAUCCUGAACAAGCUCGUCUUCUUCGGUCCAGCAGCUAUGUGUGAUAUGCCCACUGAGUUCGUCAUUGCGCCUCUACCCGCGAAACGGCAGCUCUGGGAGGCGAGAGAUGAACAAGAGUGGAAACUACAAAGUCAGAAAGAGCCGCAGGAACAAGUAUCAUACGCGUUAGCUGUGGACGGCGGAAUCGUCAAGCUGGAUCAGCGUAGAUUGUCCUGCCGCGAUGCGUGGUUAUCAUAUGCUCCUCCAAAUGAAGAGACGACAUUUCAGAGCCAAAACAGUAGGAGUAGCCGCAGCACAGACUGGUGGAUAGAGUGGUGUUCGGGUAUGGACAGUAUGGGUGGGCUGAUCAUGCUUGCGGCCUCUAUGGUAUAG